AAACUAAUACAGAGGUGGAGGAGGUGAUUCAGCUGUAAAGCCAAAAGUAUCUUAUGAAAAAAUAAGCCAUCAAUUUAAUAACAUGCUUACGCUUGUCUCUUAAUAUCGUGAUGGUGAGCUAAACGUUUGGCCCAUUUUGGACCACCCAAAAUGUCUAAAAACGAAGCAGCCGGCGAUCCUGAUUGUACUGAAGUUCUCGAAGAAGGCUCCCGUAGCAUUCUGUUGAGUUUGGCGUCUCAGCUCCGCAAAGGAAUGGACUUGCAUCGAGUUACUCUGCCAACUUUCGUCCUUGAACCUCGCAGUAUGCUGGAAAGGAUCACCGAUUUUUUCUCUCACCCAGAUUAUCUACUAGAGGCCAGUAAACAAGACGACCAGGUGCAACGGUUUAUUGACGUUGUUCGAUACUAUUUGUCGGGUUGGCAUAUCAAACCAAAGGGUGUGAAAAAACCAUACAAUCCGGUUUUGGGCGAAUUUUAUCGAUGCCAAUACAACUAUGCAGAUAAUACAGAAGGCUAUUAUGUUGCUGAACAAGUGUCGCACCACCCGCCAAUCUCAGCUUAUUAUUAUGCCAGUCCAGACAACGGCAUUAUCAUCUCCGGUGAUAUCCGCCCCAAGAGCAAAUUUCUGGGCAAUAGCGCCGCUACCUUGAUGCAAGGCUCGUCUCAUAUCAUAUUCACAAAAAGACAUAAUGAGAGAUACGAUAUUGUUAUGCCCAACAUGUACGCUCGUGGAAUAUUAUUUGGUACCAUGACGCUGGAAUUGGGCGAUACAUCUUCUGUUCGUUGUAUAAGUAGCGAUUUGAUUUGCGAUUUAGAGUUCAAAACCAAGGGUUUUUUCUCAGGACAAUGGAAUACGGUGGUUGGCAAAAUUAAACGAGAAUCGACAGGCGAGGUUCUUUUCGAGAUCAGUGGUCAAUGGUCCAAUGAAAUCUACAUAAAGAUGAACAAGGCUUCAAGCAAAAAUACCCUAUUUGAUGUCAAAGAAUCAAAAAUAUUCCCAAAAACCGUUGCACCAGAGUCAGAACAAGAGCACAACGAAUCUCAACGCCAAUGGUCGGCACUCACAGACGCCAUUCGCAAGCGCGACAUGGAUGCUGCUACGGAUGCUAAGACAGCUGUUGAGGAUGCUCAAAGACAUAAUGCUAAGAUUAGAGAGGAUGAAGGGGUAGAAUGGAGACCACGGUUCUUCGAUACGAAGAACGAUGAUUUUUGUUUACAGAUCGCCGACAAACUUGACUUUAAUGAACCCGAAGAAGCGAAGAAGCGCCUAAAGAAUUUUAUCUUUACAAAGCAUGAAGAAACAUUCAAUAGAGAUGCUAACAAUCAACCGGCCACUCAGGCUCCUGCCACAUCAACAUGAAGGGGUGUAGCUAAACCUUGUGUUUAAAGAGAAUUGGUGCUUUAGAUACUCUUGAACAUGAAAUUAAAGAAAUUUAUUGGCCAUCCUUUGAAAUAAUAUCUGCUCGAGCUAAUGUUUAAUGCCAUGAAGUCUAUAGUCUAGGAAAAAGCUUGUGCUGAAAAAGUCAACUGGAAUCGUCGUCGUUCGUCACCAACCGACCAAUGGCUUCGGCUGCUUUUACCUGCUCCUCGGUAGCUCCAACGUUUUUCGCUCCAUGCAAGUGGCCUUUAAGCUAAAAUUAAAAGUAUCGAGUUAGUUAAAAUAAGCCAAUCAUGGACCGCACAUGGCCGUUGUCAUUUUUCCAUGUAUUCUAUCCACCACGCUUCCGCUUUCGCCCCCCGCUU